CGAGGCCCGCGGGCACCGUGUACUGUGUUUUGUUACAAGGACGGCGGGGCAUCAACAGGAGCACCGUCCACGCCUCUUCGUCUGGCCACCCCAUGCUGAACAGUGGGCCCGCUCCAGCCUGCGAGCCGCAGCCCCUGACCCAGGCCCAGGGUCGGGGAGACGUAAGACCCGGGUACGGGGGACUCGGAAAUCCCCGACGAGGUCGUCAAAAAAAUGACGAGGCCGAGCCUGCAUUUUGACGAGGCCUCCCGCUGCAGACAUCCCACGAAACUCCUCCUCGUCAAAAUCCGAGUCGCGGUCGUCAAAAAACGAUGGCGAACCCGAGUCCCGGCAAACCCGGGUCUUACGCUCCCCCGACAGGGGGAACGAGAGACCUCAGCUGGCCGCGCCUGGCCGCCUUCGCGGGCGGGCGCGGGCAAAGGCGAGGGCGCUGCGCUGCCGAGGGGAGGAGGCGGCGCAGCGGGCGGCGAGAGCACUCUGGGGCGCGGACGCGCGCCCCCGCCAUGCGCAGAGGGAGGCCACGAGGAGGAGGAGGAGGAGGAGGAGGAGGAGGAGAGACAGGGAAGGAGGGAGGAAGGGUCCAGAAAGCCCUUGAGGCGUCCCCGCAAUCACGUUGCGACAAAAUCAAACAUGCGACCAGAAGCAGGUGAAACACAGCAAGUGCUGAACCAGGACCCUAGGCUCAGAAGGUCAGGAGGAGGAGGAGGAGGGGGAAAAAAGGCAGCUACGUUGCGUCUCUGACUCUGACUCUAACUCUGACUCUGACUAGUGGCGAGGCCCGCGCGUGGAGGCCAGGACCUCAAAGAGAGCAUGACAAAGACGACGACAACGACGGACAAAACGACGACGACGACGACGACGACGACGACGACGACGACGACAGCGAUGGGACAGCGGCAGCCGACAUGCAGCAAGGGCGGGUGCCGGAAAGCCUGGGCAUGAGCCCAACUGGCACUCAAGGCAGCCUAAGCGUUCGCCCUGCGGGGGCACAUAGGCGUUCAACGAUAGGGCGGGGCAAACAUUCGGUGAACACCUGAGUAGUUGGAGUCAUUAUCUCACGCGCGGGCAACAAUCCCCGAAGGCACGUGCUGGGAUUUGCGCGGCAAUGAGAACCACUAACCACAACCGCGAUCGGUGGAGGGCCUGUGAAGCGCUACGCAAAAAACAGCCGCGAAAACCCGCACAGGCAAGACCCCUACCGAGCGAUAUAAUACAUGAGUAUCGGCAUGCUCAAGUACCGAGAGUCCACGUCUCGUAUCCUCGCUGAGGUCAUCAAAGACCUGAGGACAGGGGACAGUUACGUUCCCCAAGUGUGCAUCUGUACGGGCAAUUUGGGGGCCGGGGCCCUCUUGGGGGGCAGCUGGGGCCCCCUGGGGAACUCCUAGAAGCCUCCUAGGGCUUGGCUGGCUGAAUCGAUAUAUAAUGAGCCCGAUCCAAUAUCUAUAUACACCCCAGCUGAGUGGCGGGUUGACCCUCGAUAGUAAGGGCCCACUCGAAGAGAACACUGUACGAAUUGAUGGCAAACCCCUGCUCCUCACUGCACACAUGUAGAAUACAAACAUGACAGUAGCAUAUCAUGUUGCCUUUCAUCACACCCCAGCCGAGCGGCGGGUUGAACCAAGCGCCCCUCGAUCAGAAGGGCUCGCUCGAAGCAAACAUCGCAGGAAACGCUGGCAGGAAUCGUCCCUCCACUUCAUAUGCAAAAUAUCACAGUGACAACAGCAUCGGCUGUGACGGCGUCCCCACUGCCCGACGUCCACUGCGACGCUCACUCCUUGAUUGCAGCCUCUUUGCGAAGACGACAUCCUCUAGAAUCAACAUAAUCCCUCCCGCAGGGGGCGCUCGGCUACAGUCACCCCCUGACUCUUCCAAUCUGAACCUUGUGGACGCACGCACUUCUCUGACUGUCGGGCCCAUGUGAGGCAGCCUGAGACGGAUACGAAAUGGCCGUGCAUCCAUAUCAUCAUGCACAACAUCUCCGCCGUGACCAAGUAUCAUAUUGCCGUACGUUGUCCCCGCCCAGUCCAUGAAGGCGCGAUUAUUGACGACCCACUGUAACAGCCCUGCGCCUUCACGUAUUGGUCCACACAACCUCAAGAAAUCGGGCGAGCAUCGCAAUAUGGGUAAGCCGUCCUCUUCUGGGGCAAUGUGGAGAACCAUUUCAGUGCACGGGGUAUCGAUCGGCAGACCCGAAGAAACGCCGCUCUCUGAGGCAGAAAUGUCAGUGAGUAUAUCAUCCUCUGGGAUGCUGCAAUUGACAGCAUUCGAAUGCGAUGCAUCUGGGCUGUGGCGUAGCCGUCCCGGACGCGCCGCUGGAGGCUCUGAUGAAUCGUCUUUCACACCAACGAUGUGGAUCAGGUUGUCGUGUAUGUCAACGCCCUGGACGUGAAAUAGCUCGACUUUUACUGGUGAAUCCCGUGCAUCUCUGAAGGACACGUGAAGGCUGUAGGUGUCAGACACAGGCCGCUCCAAGAACCGAAUCAGACGGGCUUUCUCGGUAGCAUCGAAAGCUAGAUUUGCAAAAUCAACGCCCGAAUCCAUAUCGGUGGACUGUCUUAGAAGCAGUGCGGCAAGGCGCCCGCAUGGCUUUGAGAGACAAAGAUCCGUUGACAAAUGCACCACUGCAUCGCACAUGGUCGACAGGAGCCCGUCCGCUGUAGACUCGAAGUUUCGCGAUGCUUUUGCCUCCAGAGUUGCCAAAAACUCAGCAUCGCGGGCCAAUGCGACAACGGCUGCUGAGAGGCUAACCCACAGCGAUACAAACAGCUCCUGACGUGCGUCAACAGGCUCGUACCAUGGAGAAAUAGCUGUACUGUACACAAUACCCAAGAACAACGAAACACGGGGCCUCGCUUCUAUUAGGCUCAACAUGACACGAAAGCAGAUCCUUGCGCGGUUCGUACUCAAGAAUUCCAUUCUGGAGCUGGCAGUUAUCGCAAGAAAGAGAAGGGCGUCGUACACCACGAAGUGGAAAGCCAAGAAGAUUCUUGGGGUCAUCCACUGCGGUUUUACUGUACCCACGAUAGCGAAAAUUGCGAGUGCUAAGUUUACCUUGUGCGAAGGCGGGGACGCUUCGUUCUGAAUUAGUUGAAACGAGUUAUAGCAGACGGCUGCGAAAAGCGACCUCGGGCACAACCACACAAGUUGCUCUUGGAUUCGCUUGUCCGCCAUACCCUUCAAAUGUCGAUCAAGCGGCUGUGCUGGUGACAUGCUGAGAGCCCGUCGAAUCGCAUACUUAAGCGAAUGAAAUGCUGAGCUCCAUAGCGGCAAGGGCCUGUCUCGACAAGAAGCGCAUAUCCGCCAGACAAUGACAACGCCUGCGACAACAUUGAAAAUGAUAAGCCACGCAUGUCCGUCUGACAUGGCUUUGCCGAACACGAUCGCGCCGUUGGGCUCAGGCCGCUACUGUGGCGUAUGCCCGGGCGUGCCUCUUGAGCCCGAACGCAAGCGGAUUGAAC